AUGGAGACCCGAGCGCUCUGCCUGAUGCUGCUGGUCCUGGUCGCUUGGUCCUCCAGUGCUGCUGCGGAGUACGUGGGCCUGUCCCCGAGCCAAUGUGUGGUCCCUGCCAAGGACAGGGUGGACUGUGGCUACCCCAAGGUCACCCCUGAGCAGUGCAACAACCGGGGCUGCUGCUUCGACUCCAGCAUCCCCCAGGUGCCCUGGUGCUUCAAACCCCUGCAGGAGACAGGGGCACUUUCCUGCUUCCCUUACUCUCACUUCUCGGGGGUCAGUGAGGAGCCCGAGGCUGCGUCCACUCAGGAUAACCCUUCCCCUGGCCAGGAUGGGGCAGCCCACGUGCUAGGGCGGGUGGCCCUCUUUGAAGCCAGGGGACUGUUCUGA